AUGAGCUCGAAUGGAAUGUCAUCAAGUGCGAAGGAGCUGCAGCAAAAACAGCAGCAGUCAGCAACACUGCAAAGCAACUCCACCAAGGUGAGGCAAAACCCUACUCAUCAAAUCUUGAGACAGUUUAAAUUAAUUUCGGUAAACUUCAAAGAAGCUGCAUUGGACAGUCCUAGCUUCCGGGCAUCUGUAAAUCAUUUGGAUGUUCAAUUGAUGAACAUAGAGCAGUGGUUUUCGGCUCUUUCCUCGUCCAUGAAAAAGAUGCCGAAAUACAUCAAGGAAGUGGAGACAUUCUGUGAUUCUUUCUUGGAAUACCUAUUCCCGAGCUUUUUGCAAGAAGGAUUUGUUGACCAGGAGUACAGUUCUCAGGCCUUGCGAGCAACUCUAGCUGGAAUGAAACAGAUAUGGAGCAGAAGCUUGUUUGCCUUAAAUAUCAGUCCAUCGAUUUCAAACGAUUUAACUCAAUUUAGAACAGCAAAUUUGAUAAAGUACAAGGAAUUGCGUCGAAAGUUUGAAAUGAGCCAGAGAAAGUACGACAGGUACUUGAAUGUUUUUGUUAGUUCAUCAAAGUCUAAAGACGCAGUACUGGUUAUAGAAGAUGCCAAACAGUUGUACCAGGUGCGCAAGGAGUAUCUACACAUAUCGCUUGAUCUCAUUUGUGAAAUGCAAGAUUUGAGGACGCUGUUAGAUAAACUAAUUGUUUCGCUAAUAUCGACUCUUUGGGAGAAAAAGUAUUCCGUAUUUGCAACGAAUGGACCUGGAGACUUGCUAGCUAAGCAUUAUUCACAGAUACAGAGAGUACAGGGAUGGAGUAAAUCAAUUAUGACUGCAUCAAACGAUCUCAAGAAUGAUAUGUUGCUCGCGCGCAAGCAAGUUGAGGAUGGGUCGAGCCUCCAAUUCCAGCCCUCUUUAAAUGCAAAUGACUACAAAGUAUCCACCAUAAGCUACAAAUCUUUGCAAGAUAUAAAUGAAUUUGCGAUUGAAAAGCAUGGUUACUUAUUUAUGAAAACGUGGACCGAUAGAAGUGUCAAGCCAAUUUGGGUGAGACGGUGGUGCUUCAUCAAAAACGGAGUUUUUGGAAUGUUUUUGUUGAGUGCUUCGCAAACUUCAGUGCAAGAAAGUGACAAAAUCGGAUUGUUUCUUUGUAAUAUACGUUAUGCACCAAACGAGGACCGAAGAUUUUGUUUUGAUGUGAAAACUAGUGAAAUUACAAUUACAUUGCAGGCAGAGUCUCUUGUUGAACUAAAAUCAUGGUUAAAAGUGUUUGAUAACGAGAAAGACCGCAUUUCAGCGUUGCCUCCAGAUGAUGAUCUAUUUAGGGUUGCAUCAACCAGAUUUCCGCCAAUAUUCGCAGAGUUUGCGUCUACUGAAAACACAUCUGUCGAUUUGGAAUUGUCUAGCUCAAAAGUCUUCAAUUCAAGUGGCCUGGCAAUUGUGUCGAGUUCGAUGAUCCGAAAUUACGACAAGUUUGCAAAAGCGUUGGGAGUGGAUUUGUAUGCAGAUAUGCCUCGAGUUCAUCCACCAAUCAUUACCGAUAGAACUAGAGACUCUUUUGUUGCGCAUUGUGCCAGCUUCAAGGCCAUUGAUAUACCUCAUGCAUUGACUGCAAAUGUAUGGGGCUCUGUCAACUGGGGCUUAUAUUAUCUUACAGGGGCAAAUGACAUUGAGAAAACUCCGUUCAAGAGGAUACUAGUGGAUCAGUCAAUGAUUGAGUAUCAAGCAAAGCAUAAUGACUCCGCAGUUCCUUAUCCUCCAUUUUACCCACGCGACUUGAUUACAUUUGACAUCCAAAUGCGUGCAUUGUUUGAUAACGUGGUGGAAGUGGGGGAGUAUUGCGUGAUGUCGUUUUGUUGCAUUUGGGCGCCUAAUUCGAAGCAAGAGUUGAGCGGUCGAUCCUUUAUAACUACGCAUCACAUUUAUUUCUAUAUGCAAGCUUUGGGAUUUGUUGCUUUGUACAAGUCUUAUAUCGGUGAAUGUGUAUCUAUCGAGGCUACGAGUCAACCGGGAUAUGACUCCUUAAAAGUCUAUACUAUUGACGGACUGAUAAAGAUGAAGUUGUUUAUGGAAAACGCAAAGAUAAUCAGAAACAAAUUUCAAUAUCUAAUAGACAACAUUGUUAGUGAGAAUCCAAAGAAUCUUGAGGAUGUGUUGGUGCUGUUUAAGGAGAUUGAAGCUGAUAUCAACCAAGAAACGCACGAUAGGGACGUGGUCCGAGAGAUUAAUAACUUGACAAAGACAUUGUCAAACAAGGCUGUGAUUAACAACAGGUUCUUUGUGGGUGGGGAUACAGCCUCAAUUUUGCCCAACAAGAGUGGGAAGGUAACUUCAUAUCAAGUUGACUUCACAUCCCAGUUUAGUUUGGUGAGUGAAAAGAGCUAUUCUUUGCCACCAAAGGCGAUCUUCCAUGCCUUGCUAGGUGACGACUCAGAAAUUUUCAACAGGCAAACUGCAACCCUCAAGUUUGGGUUUGAGGUGAAGAAACCAUGGAGACUAGACACUCAAAAUGGUAAUGUUUUGUAUCGCCAGGGUGUAAGGCCGGUAUUGCUAAAUGGUAAAGCAAAACAAUUGAAGUAUCAGCAAAUUAUUGAGAAAAUGGAUGACAAUUCAUACUAUGUUUUCACCUAUAAACUUUCCCAUUUUGAUUUUUUGCUAGGCUCGCCAUUUUCGCUUUUGGUGAAGUUUGUCUUGGUUGGAGCAGCCGGGAAACGUACCAAGGUAUAUUACUACUUGAAAACUAUCUUUGAACGCGGCUCUUGUUGGAAUCCAAUAAUAAACCAAAUUACCAGAAGUAUAUGUUUCGACCAGUUUUCAAAAAUUGAUCAAAAAUUACGGAAUGCAGUCAAAGCUGUUGGAACACACGGUCAGAUUGUGAAGGCAAUUUAUUUGUACGGCAAAUUGAGCCAUACUAGCGACCCGGAUACAGACGAUUUUUCAUUACAGACUCCGGUUAUACAGCUUGGAGUGGCAGAUUGUGUAAGCUUGCUAACGCACAGAACGGGCACAUUCAUCAGAGAUGUCAUAAUUGGGUUAAUAACGAUAAUCAUUGAAUUCGCACGUCUUGUAUUCAACAAUCUCAAAUCAAACCAAAUAUACCUUCUAAUGAUUAUUGUUUUAAUAGGCUCAAACGUUUUCUUGUUGGGUAAAACGAGUAUCACGUACUGGACAGUGCACAGAAGUAACUCCUUAGCGGAGGACUUUGUGAGGCAAAAUCCAUUGAUUUUGCAAAGAGCAGUUUAUUCCCAGGACGUGAUGGAUGAGUUCAAGGCGCAAGUGGGUUCAUUGAACUCCACCAUUUCUAGUAGCAAACCUUUCCAAAUUUUUGAAUCAGAAUCGUUUACUUAUAAUUAUCAAAAUUUAUCAAAGUUGAUCAACGAUGGUGGGGUUUUAGGGAAGCCAGAUGUUCAGGAUAUUCACAACAAGUUGCGGUCAGAGUUCAGGUCCAUUGGAAUAGAACGUUACGACUUGUUGGUGAAAUUGAGACUUUUACAGACUAGGGAGAAGGAAAUUAUACAGAGAGAGUUUUCCAAUUGGUUGGUAAAUGAAGUGGACCGAUGCGAUUCUAUGCAAGAAUAUGUCGUUGCUGGAUUACAGAACGAAAAGAAAAGGAGACAGGUCCACGGUGGUACUAUUCAACAGAAUUCAGAUUUGGUUGAAGGAGUUGACGAAGUUGUUAAUUAUUGCAAUAAUUGUAAGCAAUUACUAAGCUCGUUACUAUGA